UUGGUUAUUUCAAGUGGUUAGACAGUGAUUUCUCAUUAUUUGCAACAAUGGCUGACGUUGAUAUGAAAGAGGUCUCUGUGGCUUCCCCAACAAUUGAUUCAAUUGACACAAAGGAUUCUGAAAGUUUUACUGACAAAGAAAACAAUGAUGAGUACAAUUUUAACGAGAUUCUAAAGACCCUCAAGUUAUUGCAGAAAGCUUCGAUUGAGUUUGAUUCUCGUUAUAUUCUAAAAAUUUUUAGAGAUUUAAACCCAUUGAGAAAAAAAUUGAAUUCAACAAAUUUGAACAAAUUAUUAGAUUUGAUUUACAAUUCAACUGAUAAACCAAAUUUUCAAAAAGUAUAUCUCUUGGAAUAUUUGGGUCAGCUUCCAGUUAUUGCCGAUGAAAAGUCUGAUAUUAUUUAUGAUGUAGAAAUGGAUGUUGUUACCAAAACUACUGAUAAAGAAGAUGAAAAUACAACUCAAAAUAUCACUACAGCGAAUGACAUAUCUGAAAAACCAAAAGACCAAUUCAAAUUGAUUCCUGAAAUUGACUUAUACAUUCACUUUUUAUUUCAGCUAUUUUUACAUGACAAUAACCAUUUAGAGAUUUUAAACAAUUUAAACUCAAAAAUAAUUCAAUUGAUGAACUCUUAUAAUAAAAGAACUCUAGAUUAUAUUCAAGCUAAAAUCUGGUUUUACAUCUCAAGAACUUGCGAAUUGCUAGACAUCAAUCACAAUAAUAACAAUCAAGUAAAUGAAUCCUUUGAUAAUCUUAUCAACUUGAGAUCUCCUCUAUUAUUAGCUUUAAAAAGUUCAUCUCUAAAACAUGACACUGAAACACAUGCCUCAAUCAUCACUUUAUUGCUAAGAAAUUACUUAAUCACUAAUGAUAUUCAACAGUCCAUAAAUUUUAUCGAAAAGAUUCAAUUUCCAACUAAUGCUGGUAACAACUUAAUCUCCAGAUACUAUUAUUAUUUAGCCAGGAUUCACACAAUUCAAUUGAAUUAUUCAACUGCCCUAAAUGAGAUUAUAACCUCAAUCAGAAAAGCUCCCCAAUCAACUAAAGUCUUAGGCUUUUUGAUUUCCGCCAAAAAAUUAAACGUUUUAAUUGAAUUAUUAAUGGGUGAUAUACCCGAUUUAAAAAUCUUUAAAAAGCAAAAAUUUUCAAAGUCUUUAAAACCUUAUAUGGAUAUAACUAAAUCUGUUAAAUUGGGUGAUUUGAAAUUUUUUAAUGAAACUUUAGAAACUUAUUCAUCUGUUUACAAAAAAGACAACAAUUACAAUUUGAUUUUAAGAUUAAGAAAAAACGUUAUUAAAACUGGUUUAAGAAUAAUUUCAUUAUCCUAUAAGAAAAUCUCCUUGAAAGAUAUUUGUCUUAAAUUGCAGUUAGACUCCGAAUCCAAUGCCGAGUAUAUUAUAUCCAAAUUAAUUAAAGAUAACGUGCUUGAAGCAACAAUUAACCAUGAAAAGGGUUUCAUGUCAAGUAAAGAAAUUCUAAAUGUUUAUAAUACUGAUAUUCCUCAAGUUGAGUUUAACAACAGAAUCAAAUUUAUCAAUGACUUCCAUGAUGAAUUUGUCAAGAGUAUGAGAUAUCCUGAAAAUAAAAACAGACUUAACGAUAGCGCUUUAAAUCAAAUGAAAGAUGAAGAAUUAGAAUUGGUUGAACUAUUACAAGAUAGUAAUGAAAGUGAUUUCUUUUAGCAUAUUUAUAAAAUAAAAAGAUUUAUUAUAAAUUUUUUUAUAUAAAUUUUCUAUCACUACUUUAUUUUAGUUUUAAAUUUUAUUUUAUGUAAUAAAAACUUUUUUGUUUUCUUCAAAAAAAGGGCUUACCAAUAAUAAAAGAGAAAAAAAUAUAGAAGAAAAACCAUUAAAAAGACUAUCAAAAUUAGUUAACUCGACAUAAAAAGUAAAAAGUAAAAUGUAAAAAGUAGAAAGUAAAUAAAUGAAUAAAAAUUAAAAUAACACAUCAG